GAUGCGCAAACCGCAAACGAUGCAAACUGUGCAAACAUAACCUUCACGUUUUUGACACAAAGAUUGUAGAAAAUAAAUUUCUCUAUUUCGGUGUGGAAAAGAUAAAGAGUUGGUUGUGUUAGCAGCUGUUAGUAAUAGAAUCGUAUUAAGGUACGAGUUAUUGUACUCCUGAAACUAUGGAUUUUACAAGAGGGGCAGAUCGUCAGUCGACCUUGAAUUCGACGAGCAGUUCUUCAAUGUCAACAGAUUCAAAGCAAACGGAAUCCGAGGUAUUGCCAGAAAUGCAGGAAAAGUUGAAGAUACUCUCCGAUGGAAUGGACGAAAGUCUGGCCGAGGCCGCAGCCUACGAGAAUGAAAUGAUUUCUUUCCUAAAAGAACUUGGUCUUGAUCCCACAUCUCUUCCGAGCGACAUCCGAGAAGGCUUGGAUAAAGUUUGCCACAUUUUAAAAGCCGAAGGCCUCACUGAUAUGGAUCCAACAACUCUCGAGAUUCACAUGCAACAGAAGGAAAUUGAAGCGAAAAAGCAAGCACGUGCCGAAGCCGAAUUUAAAAUAAAUUACGAGGCUUCUUUCAAAAAGUACUCGCGCAUGCAGGAAAAACUCGAUUCGGUUAAGGGCAACGUCGAUUCACUCGAAGACAAAAUUCAGAAUAUGAACAUGAAUUACAAGAGGGAAGAGCCUGAACGUCUUCUAAUUCUCACAAAAUUAAAUGCCUACAAGGACAAGGUCUCGAAGUUGGAGAAACAGCUGGAGGAUUUGGAAAUUGGGGAGUUGCAUCCAGACAUUAUAUUGAAAAAAUCUACGGUCUGUAUGGAGAAAUUGUCAGAGUUGGCGGAACUAAAUAUAUAUUUAAGUCAGUAUGGUGAUUUGCCGCCGAAUUUGUUACAAGCAAAGGCAGUGUUAGAAAGUAAGAAGAAGGAAUUGGAAAAACUUGAUCAAAUGGUUUUGGAAAGACUUUCAUAAGGUACUUGCUCGUUGUACGUUUUCUAGUUUUAUACUUUAAAUAAUAAUUCAUUAUCAGUUUA